AGACUUAAAGGGGACGCGCUGAGUUGCAGAGGUAUGGAGGGAGCUGAACACCUACAGGGGGUAUUGGAGGAGGGAGGUUCUGGGGGCGCACAGGAGCCCCACUCCAGGAACCGGAGCUAUGGCAAAGCCUGGACAUGCCUGGAGCCGUCCUAAAUCGCAGGAGGAAGAGGAGGAGGAGGACCCGGUGGAGGCCAUGGUGUCACGGACGGGCUGUGCAGAACAGCACUGGGCACUGCAGGAGUGCAUGGCGGAGCAGCGGGACUGGCGGCGCUGCCAGGCUCAGGUCCAGGCCUUCCGGCAGUGUAUGGCCCAGCAGCAGCGCCCACACCCUGAGGAGCUGCACCCCAACCCACCCCACUGCUCCCCCAAUGGAGACUGAGGCCCCCAGGACUGAACCCCCCAUGGGGACACCUCUAUCAGUCCCCCAGAGAUGUGGGCUGUGCUAUGGGACGCAUUUCCUAUGAUUUUUCCUAUUAUUUUUUUAAAGCGGGUUGUUAUCUUGGUUCAGUCAUCUGAAUUUUAAGCCAGGAAAUUAAAUCUGAUGGCAUUUGUCCUCCCA